AUGGCUGACGUUCGUGCAGGUGUCAAUGGAGGUCGCGAGGCCCCAGCUGCUGCUGCUGGCGCUGGAGGCGGCCGUCGUAACGGCGAUGAGAAGGGAGGCGGCCGCAAGCCCCCUCGAAAGAACGCUUCGCGAGUGGAAAAGAGCACAGUGUUAAUGAGUUCAGCACACGAAGACGUGCUAUCCCUGUCGACAGCCGGGACAUAUCGCCAAGGACUGUCCAACAUAUCGGGCCCUGAAUAUGGCAUUUCAGAUGGCGGUCACCCAUGUUUACGGACAUGCUUGGUGCAGCGGCGCCAAUUCCAGGCGGAGCUCGAUCAGCGCAACGCCAACCGGAGAGAGGCGCGCCAGAUAGAGGACGGGCUGCGAAACAUGCAGCCAGAAGGCCCUGCUGAGAACGGAGCACAGCAGGAGCAGCAACAGCAACAGCAACAGCAACAGCCGCAAGGCCAGUUGGGUGCGCCAGAAGGUGGUGUGGUGAACGGGGCAGACGAGGUGAUAGAGGACCCUAGAUAG